UAGAGUUUAUGCUUCCUUUUGCUUUGUCGAGGUCUCCGCAUCCUAGAAAUUAGUCUCCUUUGAACCUUCUCAGCUUGCUCUACUACUGCAUGUCAAAUCUCCUUUGGAAUCUGUUUAUUAUGUCUGGAUACUCAAAGUUGCUUUUCCACAGCGAGUUUUUCGAGCUUCUUCUUACUAUACAACUUGUUUCUUUGCAUGAUUGAAACUCGUUUCUGCUUUUCAAGUGCAUCUUUUUUCCAAUUCUUGCAUUCCGGCUCAUCAAAACAUAUGCCCUUCUUCUUCCUCCUAUUUCUUUCUGUUUUUCAAUAACGCUAUGAGCGGAUGAGAAGUACCUGCAAAUAACUACAUCCGUAUCCGAGUACACCACCAGCAGCACUCAAUAUGGUCUCUGCACCAGACAUCAUCACCUACAUUGGCGUUCCACUUGCCGUUCUAGGCGUUCUUCCAAUUCUAUACACCUGCGUCAAAGUGCUCCUCACAGCACAACAGGUCAAAAAGGAGCUCAAAGUAAACCAUCUUGCCAGAGAAGCCGUCAUACGCAGCAGCACCAUCUCAGGGGUAAUUGAAAUUGAGCUGCCCCGACGCCAGAUAGCUUCAUUGGACAGACAUGACCCGGGCUACUGGGCCCUAUCAACAAAGCCGUCGACAUUAAAAGGAGGAUCAUGGAGCAUCUUCAACUGGGACGCUCUCGUCACGGGACAUGGUCUCUACCGUAUACAAUACAAGGAGGAACUUCGACAGCCACAGGCCGAAAUUGAUUUUGAACAACUUAUUGCAUUCUUGCUCGACCGUGGCGCGCUACCCUGCGUGGAUGGGUUCCGUAUGCUCCGCACGUCGGGGCUAUGGACGCCUACAGGCACGACGCUGUUGCUGUCGCCAGAUACCACGGAGGCGGUGCUGAAGACGGUACUUCCGGAUGAUUCGGACGGGAUUUUAUCUCUGGCGGUGCAGUGGAAGAGCGAAUGGGGUUCCAGGACGGCUGAGUCUCUUCCGCCUUAUUGGAUGAGAUUGGAAGGCGGGAAGUGUAAAGGGGGUCGACAGUGGUGGAUGGACGGGGUAGAAAACGCUCCAGAUGUGAACGGCCGCGAAGCUGAUAAGGAGGAAGGGAAAGCAGAGGAGGUGAAGGGUGAGGAGAGCAAGGAUAUGCUUGAAAAGCAGCAACAGCAGCAGCAGCCGGAGAAGACUACUCCGCCGGAACAGAUUGACAUGUCGGCGAUUCCGAUCCGCAUCCGCGUUGGUCUAGACGGAAUCAUGUGCGCAGAGGCGGAGCGCAGCACGGAAUACCAAGAAUCUUCCUCUCACCCUACGAAACACGACGAUACCAACAUUACUCCAGCACAAGUACAACCUCUUCCACAUACAUCUCCCACCAAUAACCCAGACUUUUCACCAAACUAUAUUCCCAUAUACCACCUCCAGUCCUUUCCAUUCUCCUCCUCUUUUACCCUCUCUUCCUACUCCUCUUCUGCCUCAACCAUCGCCGUCUCCUCUACAUCCAAUUCCCACCCACGGGCCUCCAUACCCGCAAGCACAUGGUUCGCCAGCGCCGCGACCGCCCUGACCGCCUCUAAAGCCCUGCACCUAUGGAGCUACACCAUUCCCGACUCCAUCCUAUCAUUCGCCUCCAAAGACAGCGUCCCAUGCGGCGUCAUGGUCCUGCUCGGACUCAUGAACGAGUCCGACACCCCGGCCUGGUCCACGCCCUUCGAGGACCCCGAAGUCGAGGCCCAGCGCAAACACGCCAAGUUCCAAGACUGGUCGCGGCGCGUAGCCGCCGAGGGAGGCCUACCCCCUGACCAGCGCGCAGACGCGGCCAAGAAGCGCAUGCUGGAUGACCAUUGGGCGUUUGUCACGGAGAUGAAUGACCGCGCCGCGCGCAAGAGGGAGUGGGAGAAGCGGAGAGUAGGCGAGGCGUUGGUGUCCCCGAGAUUAAGUGUGGGUAGGGUCGCGAGGGAGGGGGUCAGGUGGUUGUGGGGUGAGUGUUUAUGUUCUGGGGAUUUGGGUUCUGGGGACGUACGUUCGAAUGAUUGUUCCAGCGCUUCACACCCUGGCGGCGUGCAAGAAGGACAACAAAACGAAGAAGUGCGAAAUGGACAGGCCCAGCAGCAAGAGCAAGCCCCCUCGAUACAAGAAAUCGUCGAGUCGCUCCUCCACUCCAUGAUCCUCGACCCGGUCCUGACGCACAACGUCACGGAAAUGCUCAAUGUCUGGCUCCACUGGUCUGACAGCGGCGGCAUGAAUACGACGCAGUGGGAGUACUUGAUCGCUGAUAACUCUGCUGACAACUCUCAUAAUUCGAGCGGAGUCCCGAAACGUCAGACAAGAAAAAAAAUGUUUGUCCUCGCGGCGUGUAUCCUUGCUUUGAUUGCGGGUGAUGAUGCUGCGGGUGAUGCGGGUGGCGUUGGUGACGUGAUGAAUGGCGGGAAGGACGGAGAUGGAGGUGGAAAUGUAAUGCCAAGCGGAUGGGCGGCGAGUAGAGAUAGAUCAAACACCGGCUUUGCGAGUUGGAAGAGUGCGGGUUCUACGAUGCGGACCAUGAGCGGGUUGAGCGCUGGCAUGCUGAACGCAGGUGGUGGUGGGGGUGGAAAUGUCGGUAUGACAGGAACAAAAACAGCAGUCAGGAGUACAGUGAGCGAGGACAUGCGAGAAGUGAUUAAAAGCUGGAGGAAAGUGAGAUUGGGAUGAGAGUGUAUCCGGCUAUAAGAAAACAUUGUAUCCGGAUAUAAGUGGACGGUAUACAAAGCGAAAUGGCUUGGAAAUGUCAGAUAUUGGGUACCCUGAGUAUCAUGAUGAUGAUGAUGAUCAUGGUGAUAAUUUUGCGUCUAGAGCGGGGAAUAUAUACAGUGGUAGAUAUACGAUGAUAAUGAAGGGGGGGGAAAGCAAGGAAUAUCAAUCAAAUAAAAAAAUGAGAUAUGGUCCAGAGA